CGACGCCGGAAGUGAAGCGCCCUCUGUGGGUGCAGCGGAGAGUCCAGGGCGGAAGAGACAUUGAGGAUAUUUUCCGAGCCGUGAAGAAGAUGCACGCGAAGCCCACGGAUCCCAAGAUUUUCCAGUUCCCUGUGUCCAUGGGAAUGAUCACUCGAUUCAUCAUCAAGUACGAGUGCCAGUGCGAAACUUACACGUCAGUGAACGAAUGCGACAUCGAAGUGGCGGAAUACGCUGUUCGUCACGAAUGCUUCGGAAUUUUGGCACAGGACUCGGACUACAUGAUUUUCGACUCCGCUCCUUAUUACCUUUCUAGUCAGUUCCUGAAUAUUGAGUCCCUGGAAACUACGAAUUAUGACAGGGAAGCCUUCGCUUGGCAUCUCGGACUCAAUGUGGAUCAAUUGCCGUUGCUUGCCAGCUUGAUCGGGAACGACGUCGUCAAUUCGCAGGACUUGGUUUUAUUCCAUCGUCGGAUUUGCAAAGAUGCCAAGUUCGUCGGGAAACCCAGAGCCGAGCACAUCGUACCCAAAGUCGCGCAGUUUAUGAAGCAUUUCCGGGACUCUUCUUUCUCCCUGUCCACCACUGCUCUGACCUCGAUCGCCAAAAACGUGUUUGGAGACCCCGCGAGGGCCCAGCUUCUCUACGAAAGCGUGCAUUCCUACGAACUCUUCACGAACCAGAGCGGCGAAACCGACGCCGUUUCCUCGACCGGAACCACGAAACCGGAAGAAGACACCGUGUCCACGACCACCAGCUCUGCCAACAACAGGGACUUCCGGAAACAACCGAUCAAGAGACUCAUGUCGCAAGCCAGUCAGGCUAGUUUUUCUUCUCGUCGGGCUCCGAUCCCAACGACGGAAUCUGGGAAGCGAUUGAUGGAAUUGGCCAGGGAAAGGCACUUGAAUUGCGAGGUUUUUCCCUAUAUUUAUGCGGCUUUGAGCACUGCCACUUGGGAGUCUUCGUCGGCGUUGGAGGACCUGAGUUCGGACAUGCCGUCUUCCGCGUUGGUUUUCAGGCCCCUGCGUCAGCGGAUCUACGGGGUGUUGUUUUCUGUGCCGCCUGAACCCGUUGUUGACAAGAAGAAUGGCAAGAAUAAGGAGAUGCAUAGUGCUGAUCCGAACCGGAAGCGGAUUCGAGUGGCCGAGUGGUGCGUGUACAAGACGUGCGUGUUGGACGAGGCCGACUACGUUGACGUUUUGCCGCCUCCUGAAAAGUCAAAGUCCAUGGAGGUUCUCUGGUUGGACGAGAGUGAAGAAGUUGGUCAGUGGCGCUGGAAAACCUUUUGCAUUUGCUUGACUCCGAAGCACGAUGUCGAUCGCUGGAAGGAUCUCCCGCCAAAGUAUUUGAUUCUCGUCGCUGGAAAAUCGAAGCCGGUUUUGCACGACUGGGAAGUGAAUGCGUUCGUUGCUCAGGCCGUGUCUCCGAUUGCGAACAAUUUCCAAACCCUGCAUGUCUUGAAGUUGGAGCGGGUCGAUGCGAGACCCAUACACAUGGCGACCAUUUUCAUGAGAGGCGUGUCCAAUGUCUUGUUCCUCCUCGGAGUUUGUAACUACCCUGUUCCUUUGCAAGAG